ACUUUUAUUAAAGAACUUGUCCACUGUCUUCUUCUGCCCAUUUUACCAUUUUGAUUAGGCUCUCUGUUUCUCUUUCUUGGUUCUAAAAGAUAUCCGUCACUCUUUAGUAUUAUGGGAAUCGGUGAAGAAAGCACAAAGCCUAUUUGGGGGAGCGUGAGCCACACGUCUUCAGGCUACGCUCUCAACGGCAAAAUCAUGCUCUCCUCCGUGAUCGUUCUAUUCGUCGCCGUUAUUAUGAUCCUCUGCUUCCACAGCUACGCCCGUUGGUUAUUCCGUCGUCACAACCGUCGCAUUCGCCGCCGUAUUCGUUCUCACCUCCGCACUCUCUCCGCCUCACCCCGAGACCAAGCUCUCGACCAGGCUGUUCUCGACAAGAUUCCGAUCUUCGUUUACUCCUCCAAGAAUCCACCACCACCAGAAGAGAAGGAGGAGUGCUCCGUCUGCUUGUCGGAGUUCGAGGAAGAAGACGAAGGCCGUCUUCUUCCUAAAUGUGGCCACUCUUUUCACGUCGACUGCAUCGAUACUUGGUUCCGUUCCAGAUCCACUUGCCCGCUUUGCAGAGCUCCGGUUCAACCCCCGUUUCAGGUCAUUGAAACCGGUUCUUCUUCUUCUUCUUCGCCGUUGACAUUUCCGACGGAGGGUUGCGAGAGAGAACCGAUUGACCUCGCCGGUAUCAUUGUGGAUAUUUCCAGAGAAGUUGAAUUUGAAGGCUCAAAUCCGGGUCUACCCAUCGAAAACGGAUCAAAGUUUCCGGGUAGUCGGGUUUUGUCUUUAAAAAGGCUAUGGAGCAUCUGAUUGCGGGCGGGUAAAUGGGUUUCUAUUUUUUUCAAAAAACGCAUGAACUUUGACACGUGGAAUUUAUAUCAGCACACGUGGCCGUUACUCCUGGGGACCACUGAGCCUGAGCGUCUACUUCUAAUUAGUCUAAUCACAUUAAUUUGAUUACCCGUUCAUUAUUAUUAGAUUUCGAAGAAAACCAUUCGGUUGUACAAUAGUAAGUUAAAGUUAUUAC